CCUUCAGCCGCAAGUCGUGGGAGGGAAGAAGAGAGAGAGAGAGAGAGAGAAGGCGACGGGUCGUGGGGGGCGGUCGAAGUUGUUGCCCGCCAUGGCAACCCUAGCCUCCUUCCUCUCCUCUUCUCCCUCCCUCCCUCGCCUCCACCACCGCCUCCACCGCCACCACCGCCUCCACCACCACCGCGGCGUUGACUCUCUCUCCUUCGCCGCCGCCGCCGCCGCCGCCGCCGCCGCCGCCUCUCCCGUCCGCAUCUCCGUAGCCCCCAGGAAGGGCCGGGCCUUGAUCGCCGCCGCCUCCGCCUCUUCGUCGCCGGAUGCCUCCUCGUUCGAUGAUCUCGGCCCCGGAGAGGACGGCCGGUCGGCCGAUUCGCCUCAGAAAUCGGCUCUCUUCGCUUUGAUACAAGAGAUAGAACCGCUAGAUGUGAGCCUCAUCCAGAAAGACGUAGCCCCGACUACUAUCGACGCAAUGAAGAGGACUAUAUCGGGAAUGUUGGGGUUGCUUCCGUCGAAUCAGUUUCAAGUAUAUAUUGAAGCUUUGUGGGAGCCACUCUCAAAGUUGUUGGUUUCUUCAAUGAUGACAGGUUAUACACUGAGAAAUGCGGAAUAUAGGCUUUGCCUUGAAAGGAAUCUUGAUACGCAUGAACAGAGCUUUGAAAAUCAGACUGAGGACCGCUCACAAAGUGGCGUGCCAGAAAUUUUACUAGAUAGUGCUAGAAGAAUCGACUUUUCAGGAAAGAACACAAUAUCACUCAAAUAUGAAAAAGUUAGAGAAGAGACAGUUGAGGACAUUGAUAGUAAACGUCUAGGCAAACUUUCUCGUGAAGCUCAGGAAUAUAUUCUUCAUUUACAAUCUCGUUUAUCAUCUGCCAAAAAGGAACUGCAUGAGGUCAAGAGGAAAACUGCUGCUCUCCAAAUGCAACAGUUCGUCGGGGAGGAAAAAAAUGAUUUGCUGGACUACUUGAGAUCACUAGAACCAGAAAAGGUGGCUGAGCUAUCGGAACCUUCCUUGCCUGAAUUGAGGGGAACAAUCCACUCAGUCAUUCAUGGUCUUCUAGCAACUUUGUCUCCCAGAAUGCACUCUAAGGGUCCUCCUUCAUCAGAGUACUCGUCAAACCAAGAAGUAUGUUCCGGCGAUGAUGAUCACCCUGAACUUGUUGAUAAUGUGUCACUCCAGUUCCAGCCAGUUGUCUCAUUAACUAGGGACUACCUAGCACGACUGCUCUUCUGGUGCAUGUUGUUAGGGCACCAUCUGAGAGGCCUUGAAUAUAGGCUGGAGCUUGUGGAACUUCUAUCUCUAACAGUUGAUACUGAAAAUGAUGCCCCUGAGAGUGGACAAGUUUCUUAAAGAGUCGGAAGCGCCUCUUUGUUGUUUCUUUAAUCACUACAUGAAUGCAGGAUAGAAUUACGAGGGAGUUCAUGUAUAUUGAAGAGACGCAGUCGCAGUUCACCUGUCCCGUCCUAUGAUCAACACAAGCUACAUCUCGUCAUUGCAAAUUGUCAUAGCACCAUAGAUCGAACCAAUUCUCCUCCUGUAAGUACAUAUGUUUAUGUCAUUGUCAAUAAUAAGUUUACCCAGCCUGUUCAUGAAAAUAUGAACAUGCCUGUCUGCUGGUUAAUUAUUCUU